GGUGACAUCCAGCAACUGCUCAUCGUCUCGGACCAUCAAGCCGCCUACGAUUACUGUGAACACUACAGCCCCGAUUGUGACACAGCUGUGCCAGAUGUGCCUCACUCUCAGGACCCAAACCCUGACGAAUACUAUCCAGAUGGGAACGAGAACUUGGAAGUUGAAGGAGAAACUUACUAUUACGAAUACCCCUACUAUGAGGAUCUGGACGAGACAGGCAAAGCGACCCCAACCACCGCCCAACCUGUGGAAACUGAUGAAGUAGCCAGAGAAGUGAUUGACACCACCAAGAGCCCCACCCCUCCACCCACCCCGCCACUGGUGGUGGAGAAGGUCCAGGAGGAGGUUCCCAAGGUAGAGGAUGAACUGCUGAUAGAUGAAUACGACUAUGGGACCAUGACAGAAGAGUACUACACGCCCCUCCCCUAUGAAGAUCUCAACUACGAAGACCUUGACAAUCUCGAUAAGCUCCCAGAAGGUGGCACUGAGGCAGAGGUGCCAACCAGCACAGUCCUCACCUACAAUGAAACAGAGAACACAGGAAGAGUAACUGAAGGCGGAGAAGACCCCGACAGAGAUUUCUCCGUCACUGAAUAUGGAGAAGCAUAUUAUGAUGGCUACUUCGACAGGACUGACUCCCCUGACAUUGGACCCGGAAUGCCUGCUAACCAGGAUACCAUUUAUGAAGGGAUCGGUGGUCCUCGAGGUGAAAAGGGGCAGAAGGGAGAGCCAGCAAUCAUUGAGCCAGGCAUGCUUCUCGAAGGGCCGCCUGGCCCAGAAGGCCCAGCCGGGAUUCCAGGCCCUCCGGGAACAAUGGGGCCAGCGGGGCCAAUGGGAGAUCCUGGAGAAAGGGGACCACCUGGACGUGCAGGGCUUCCUGGUGCGGAUGGUUUGCCAGGCCCGCCUGGGACGAUGCUGAUGUUGCCGUUCCGGUUCAGCGGGGGUGGAGAUGCGGGCUCGAAAGGACCCUUAAUCUCCACCCAGGAGUCCCAAGCACAAGCCAUCCUGCAGCAGGCCAGGCUGGCUCUGAGGGGACCAGCUGGCCCAAUGGGACUGACCGGAAGACCAGGUCCCAUGGGACCCCCAGGUGGUGGAGGAAUCAAAGGUGAAUCAGGAGACAUGGGACCUCAGGGUCCACGAGGCGUCCAAGGCCCCCCAGGUCCAGCAGGGAAACCAGGACGGCGGGGACGGGCUGGCAGUGAUGGUGCCCGGGGGAUGCCAGGCCAAACGGGAACGAAGGGCGACCGAGGUUUCGAUGGCCUGGCUGGGAUCCCUGGAGAAAAGGGGAACCGGGGUGAUCCUGGCCCCUCGGGCCCCCCAGGACCCCAUGGUGAAGAUGGUGAAAGGGUGAUAGUAACACCUUUUGUGGUUGUGUUUGCGGUUAAGGGCGCUGACGGCAUCCGGGGAUUGAAAGGAACGAAGGGCGAGAAGGGCGAAGAUGGCUUCCCGGGAUUCAAAGGCGACAUGGGCAUUAAAGGUGACAGGGGUGAAAUUGGCCCUCCUGGUCCACGGGGCGAGGAUGGGCCAGAAGGCCCAAAAGGCCGUGGCGGCCCCAAUGGAGAACCAGGCCCAAUAGGUCCACCUGGAGAAAAGGGGAAGCUUGGCAUUCCGGGCCUGCCUGGAUACCCUGGAAGACUUGGCCCCAAGGGUUCCAUUGGAUUUCCGGGGUUCCUGGGAGCCAACGGAGAGAAAGGAGGAAGGGGCACCUCUGGCAAACCGGGACCAAGAGGACAACGAGGGCCCACGGGCCCCCGAGGAGAACGCGGCCAGCGAGGCAUCACAGGGAAACCCGGUCCAAAGGGCAAUUCUGGUGGGGACGGACCUCCAGGGCCCCCAGGUGAAAGGGGGCCUUCAGGGCCUCAAGGACCAACAGGAUUUCCUGGACCCAAAGGCCCUCCGGGUCCACCAGGAAAAGACGGAUUGCCAGGCCAUCCUGGGCAGAGAGGUGAAACGGGCUUCCAAGGGAAGACAGGUCCACCUGGACCCCCAGGUGUUGUUGGUCCACAGGGCCCUACAGGAGAAACAGGCCCAAUGGGUGAACGUGGCCAUCCGGGCCCUCCCGGCCCCCCUGGGGAACAGGGACUCCCUGGCUUGGCUGGAAAAGAAGGAACAAAGGGUGACCCAGGCCCCGCCGGUUUGCCUGGGAAAGACGGCCCAGCAGGCUUCAGAGGCUUCCCCGGAGACCGAGGACUCCCCGGCCCAAUUGGACCUGUGGGGCUGAAGGGCAACGAAGGGCCGCCGGGGCCUCCUGGACCAGCGGGCUCUCCAGGGGAGCGAGGUCCUGCAGGGACAGCUGGCCCAAUUGGGCUGCCAGGACGGCCUGGACCCCAAGGGCCCACUGGCCCAGCGGGUGAGAAAGGGACCCCGGGUGAAAAAGGCCCUCAAGGCCCAGCUGGACGAGACGGCAUCCAGGGACCAGUUGGGCUUCCGGGUCCUGCCGGCCCAGUUGGCCCCCCAGGGGAAGAUGGAGACAAGGGUGAAAUUGGUGAACCAGGACAGAAAGGAAGCAGAGGGGACAAGGGAGAACAGGGUCCACCAGGUCCUAUUGGUCCACAGGGCCCAGUUGGCCAACCAGGUCUAGCAGGAGCUGAUGGGGAGCCCGGCCCACGAGGACAACAGGGGCUUUUCGGACAGAAGGGCGAUGAAGGAUCAAGAGGAUUUAUUGGCCUUCCAGGACCAGUUGGGUUGCAGGGCUUACCUGGACCUCCAGGUGACAAGGGAGAAACUGGGGACGUUGGCCAAAUGGGUCCUCCAGGCCCCCCCGGGCCCAGGGGCCCAGGGGGACCCCCCGGAGCUGAUGGGCCACAAGGUCCUACAGGAGGGAUUGGAAAUCCAGGAGCCGUUGGUGAAAAGGGAGAACCUGGAGAAUCAGGAGAACCUGGACUUCCCGGAGACUCUGGACUACCAGGCCCUAAAGGAGAGAGAGGGGAAAAGGGGGAAGCAGGCCCCUCUGGGACUGCUGGACCCCCAGGCCCCAAAGGUCCCCCAGGAGAUGAUGGUCCCAAAGGGAGCCCGGGUCCGGUUGGCUUUCCAGGUGAUCCGGGGCCCCCAGGUGAAUCUGGUCCAGCUGGUCAGGAUGGCCCACCAGGUGAUAAGGGAGAUGAUGGGGAACCUGGACAAACAGGGUCCCCUGGUCCAACUGGAGAGCCAGGUCCUUCUGGCUCGCCAGGGAAGAGAGGCCCACCUGGACCAGCAGGACCUGAAGGCCGACAAGGAGAGAAAGGUGCCAAGGGUGAAUCUGGAUUGGAAGGACCUCCUGGGAAAUCAGGUCCGGUUGGUCCUCAGGGACCUCCAGGAAAGCCAGGUCCAGAUGGACUUCGGGGAAUACCUGGCCCAGUGGGCGAGCAAGGGCUUCCGGGAUCACCAGGCCCAGACGGACCUCCUGGCCCGAUGGGUCCACCUGGUUUACCUGGCCUGAAAGGGGAUUCGGGUCCAAAGGGAGAAAAGGGUCAUCCUGGACUGAUCGGUCUCAUUGGGCCUCCCGGCGAGCAAGGAGAAAAGGGAGACCGGGGACUGCCAGGGCCUCAAGGUGGAUCGGGGACUAAAGGAGAACAGGGUAUUCAAGGACCAAGUGGCCCUCUUGGUCCACCUGGGCCUCCAGGGUUGCCGGGGCCCCCCGGUCCAAAAGGUGCUAAAGGAUCUUCCGGGCCAACGGGUCCGAAGGGCGAAACUGGUCACCCCGGCCUACCAGGACCUCCUGGUCCUCCAGGAGAAGUAAUCCAACCUCUCCCCAUCCAGUCCUCCAAGCGGACUCGGAGGAACAUUGAUGCCAGCCAGCUGAUGGAUGACGUCAAUUCUGACAAUUAUGUGGACUAUGCUGAUGGCAUGGAGGAGAUCUUUGGCUCCUUGAACUCUCUGAAACUGGAAAUCGAGCAGAUGAAGCACCCCUUGGGCACCCAGCAGAACCCAGCUCGGACCUGCAAGGACCUGCAGCUUUGUCACCCGGACUUCCCAGAUGGAGAAUAUUGGGUAGACCCGAAUCAAGGCUGCUCCCGGGAUUCCUUUAAAGUUUACUGUAAUUUUACCGCUGGAGGAGAAACUUGCAUCUUCCCAGAUAAGAAGUCCGAGGGGAGCAAAAUGGCCCGUUGGCCCAAAGAGCAGCCAGCCACCUGGUAUAGUAGCUACAAGCGAGGGUCUUUGCUCUCCUACGUGGAUGCUGACAGCAACCCCAUUGGAGUGGUACAGAUGACCUUCCUGAGGCUCCUAAGUGCAUCCGCUCACCAAAACAUCACCUACAACUGCUUCCAGUCUGUGGCGUGGCAUGACGCCACGGUGGACAACUAUGAGAAGGCCAUGCGCUUCCUGGGCUCCAAUGAUGAAGAGAUGUCAUACGACAACAGCCCUUUCAUCAGGGCGGUCUUCGAUGGCUGUGCAGCAAAAAAGGGCUACCAGAAGACGGUCUUGGAAAUCAGCACCCCCAAGGUAGAGCAGGUCCCCAUUGUCGACAUCAUGUUCAACGACUUCGGCGAAGCGUCUCAGAAGUUCGGAUUCGAGGUGGGACCAGCGUGCUUCCUGGGCUGAGGGCCGCUUCAGAAGACUCUCUCCAAAAGGGCAACUUCGUAACCUCAUUGUGCCUUCUCUUUUUGGCUACUUCCUCUUUUUCGUCAUUGCCGUUUGUGGGCCACCCCGUGCACGUUCUGAAACGGGACAGUUUGAUGGGUUUGUUCUUUUUAAAAAAACCGCUCUCCUGUUUACCCCGACAUCAAUUUUGCCGCAAGACUCUUCCCCUCUCCCCUUCCUCCAACCCCAGUCAAAAUCCGGACCCUGCUCCCCAACCGUCUCCAGAAUCACAUGACCGAGGGGCUCUCCGACUGGCCAGAGCAAGCCUUUUCCUCCUUUGCUGCGCCUCUUCAUGGAGACCGCCAAAGGGCUCCACUCUCACGCUUCCAUGUGUUGCCUUUUCCUCGAAACCAGAACAUUUCCAGCAGGAAAGAUGCCACUCCUGCCGCCUUUGCCUUCCUGCCUUCCUUCCUUUCAGCCACUUCUCCGCAUCUGAGGGGAAACUGUCCAGUGAUCACCAAUUUCCCGUCACUGGAGAGUCCCCAGACACCAUUGAAAGCCAUCAGCCGGGCGAUGCAGCCUGACCUCUGUACAGAAACAUGGACGAAGGACUCUCGAAACCCCCCUCCUUGCUUGGAUUCUCUUCUCUGCUGGGGUUUUUCUCAGAACCUAGAUGGAUCUCGGGGGGGCCCACCCGCCAAGAGACGUUCCUCUGGUUCGGUUCCUCUUUAGUUCGCAGGAGAAACACCGGGAACCGAGACCGUUAAAAGUGCCAGGUUCUGACUGCUUAUCCCAAUAUGAUAAAGGUGCUUCUAUUUUUGUAUUUUGUAAGUAAAUAUUUGUAUAUUAUUAUAUUAAAUAUUAAAUGUUUCUGGGUUCAAAGCAUGCAUGUGAGUUGCCCGUGCACCACAGGGCAGCCAACUUGUCCCCAGCAUCCGACGCCUUCGCUAAGACCAAAGUAGGAAUCAGCAGGGAACCGUGUGCUCCCCCCAGACUCAGGAAGCAGGUUUCCGCAGCCCCCCCCCCCCAUCUCCUUAGGAGUGAUAUGCCUCAGCCUUACAGGCACCCAAGCCAAUGGGAUUAAAAUUGAGCAUUGCUGAACUUUGGGGGAACUGAGGCAGGCGUGUCUCUAGACAAAGGAAAACAGCUGCCAUCUUUGCGCCAAAGACAAGCAAUAAAGAUUUAUGGCCAGCUCCCUCACACACCCCUUCUUCAGGCUUUACCUAGUGCAAUGUAGAGGUUUUUUAAAAAAUAUCUUUUA